AUGAACGAGCUGGUCUUUGAUCUGCUCGCCUACGAGGAGAAGGUCGAAACCGGCCACCGGACGCGCUUCCAAAGGGACCGUGAGACCUUGGUGGAGGGAGUGCCGCGGCGUGCAGCGCACUCCGCUGACGAGAUGAGAGCCUACUUGGCCCAUGGCCUGAAACAGCGGGAACAGCUCGCUACAGGACGGCCACAGGGCGGCCAGUCGAGGAGUACUAUCCUGUUCAACAUCUGUGUGGACGUCAUCGAUGGCUCCGAAAGGGAGCUGAAGCGGGCGGUGCUACAGUUUGUCUGCCUGCCUAGCACUUCGAGACCGACACGCAAGCCGGACGGGGUGAGCAUCCAGAUGAUGAGCCUGAGCGCAGUGUCCUCGGUUUUCUCCGCGCUGACACCCCAAUACAGACAUAGAAAGCGCGUUAUCCCUUGGCGAGAUUCCUGCUACACACGGCUGCUGUACACUGUAAUGCGAAAUGGAGCACAUGUCGUCUUCAUCGGUACGUGCUCAAGUUCUGCCAUGGAUGCAGAGGACACCAUCGAAACCCUGCGAUUUCUGCGACACGUGCAGGAAGCCAGGACGGUGGAGACCCUGCAGGCACCAACAACACGCGAAGCGCCACUCACUCUGCUGCCAACGACUGAGGUUGUGGGGUGA